AUGUCCCCUCUCCGCUUACUACUCCUGCUCUCAGUGAUUACAGAAAACCAAGGAGAUUCAUCUAUUCCCUUUGUGAGCAUUGAUCCCAAUUGGUCCACGGUAUUCACCAAGGAAUCUGUAACUCUCACCUGCAAUGUGGAUCCCUCUGGAACAGGAGAGCAGAUCUAUUACUGGUAUAAAGAUAAUCAGCUCAUCCGUAUGUAUCAAAAGAGUUUUAAAAUUGAUCACCCCAAAGUGGGCUAUGGAGGAAGGUAUCAGUGCCGAACCGGUACCGGCAGUAAGAGCGAAGCUGUCAGGCUGCAAGUCAGUAAUGAUUGGCUCGCCCUGAAAGUACCCCUCUAUGUGUAUGAAGGGGAUGAUCUAUAUGUGGCCUGUGCAGGGUACCCUGGGUAUUCUGCCAGAAAUGCUGUGCUGUACCGGGGCAAUGAGGUUAUAGCCUCCUCCCCCUCUGAUGGCAAAUUUCUGGUUGGAACGGCAAACAUGGCAAUGAGUGGCUCGUACAGUUGUACCCGACAAGUGAAACACCUUCUGAUAUAUUAUAGUUACUCUAGCCAAGCAUAUAUUUCUGUGAGAGAGCUCUUCUCCAAACCAGUGAUGAAAGUAAGUCCAAAUCAGGUGACUGAAGGAGAUCACAUGACCAUAACAUGUGACACAGAGCUCAGCCCACACAGAGAGACUACAGAGCUGCAGUUUGCUUUCUACAGAAAUGGGCACAAUGUGCAGGGAUUCAGUUUAUCCAACCAAUAUGGAGUCCCCUCAGCUCAGCUUGAGGAUUCUGGGAGUUAUACCUGUGAGGUUAGAAUGAAAAACAACAUGGUGCAGAAGAGGAGCAAUGAGAUUAAUAUCCAGGUGACAGCCCAACAAGCUUCUGAGGUCACAGUGAGGCUUGAACCACCCCAAGGGCAGGUCUAUGCCGGAGAGAAGCUGGAGGUGUUCUGCUCUGUGGACAAAUGGGUUGGAUCAUUGAUAUUUUCAUGGUGUAAACAUAAAAGAACGGCCUGUGAAGAGAAAAGGGCAAGUUCUCAAGAGCAGCAUUUUGUGGUGGAAGCUGUUCCUGAAGGUUACGGUGGAGAAUAUCAGUGCAUUGUUACUACAGAAGAUACUAAGGUUUCCAUCAGAAGCACCAACACCUGGAUCUCUGUCAGUGUCAGGAUACCUCUGCUGAGAGUCAGUCCCAAAGAAGUCGCAGUGGGUGAUACAGUGAAUCUUCUCUGUGAGUCCAAGAGUCGCUCCUUCCCCAAGGAAUAUCAGUUUUAUCACAUGGAAGAUAUCAUAGGAAGCAUCAAAGGGCCCCAGAAAGCAGCAACUCAACUCAAUGUGACCAUCACUUCUCUCACCAUGGCUGGUCCCUAUCUCUGUGCAGUACGGAAUGAUGUCUCCAGCACUUUGAGAUACAGCGAGGGAGUCACCUUGUCUGUGAUGGAACCGGUGGCAAAUGUUACUAUUAGUCCUGGAAUGGACGUUCUUGAAGUCAGGGCGGAGAACAGCCUGUGUUUGACCUGUUCUGUGGCAAAAGGCACCAGUCCCUCAUUACUUUGGGUUUACAAUAAUGAGAACGUAGACCAGGUUCCUAUCUCAGGAUCGUACCAGGUGGAGUUUGAAUCUGAGAAGGUGCUGUGUAUAAAUUCUGUGCAAUGGUAUCAUACAGGAGUAUACCAGUGCCAGGCCAGCAACCAGCUGUCUCCCAACAGGAUAUUCACUGCUGAAAGCAACAUUGUCACCAUAACUAUCACAGAGAGGAGCUACGCAGUGGUGGGCAUAGGUAUCACUUUGGCAUUGCCGAUCCUCAUUAUUUUUGUGGUUCUUCUUCUCUACAAGUUCAAAAUUGCCGCUUCCUUAUCUUUCUUCAGCUGCCACUUUUGCCCAGCAACUUCAGGUGGUUCAAAUAGUAAUGCUCGUAUAAGACAACAAGAAGCAGAAAGACAGCCGGAAACCAAUGACGAGCAGAAUCUGUAUAUCGAUGCACCAACGGAAGCCCAUGCAAAUGAAAAGGAUGUGUGUUACACCUACAUAGAUCUCAAACUCCCUACAAAAGGUCAGUUUAAGUCUAAUAGUGGUGAAGGCUCUGUUACAUAUGCUGUUGUGAAAGGAGGAGGCACCAAAGGUAACGUAACUCAAAGGGAACCCAACUCUGCCCUCUAUGAGAACUUCAACGUCAGUCACUGA